GCGGCGUAUGCGGAGAAAAAAAUAGAUAUUAAGGAAAAAAGAAAAAAGAAUAUAAAAUAGAAAGUUGGGAAAUGGAAAUGAGGAAGCCCUUUCGCUUUAGCUGCAGGCCUCUUUUCUGGACGAAUUCGCCGUCGCCCUUCGAAGCACUACUACGGGCUUCGAUUUCUUCAGAAUCACUUUUAUGGAAUUAGGGUUUUUGGUGACGAGAUCGCGGUUUAAAGGGGGAUAUCUGAUUUGAAUUCGGUAAUUGGAAGAGUACGAGGAGGAGGAGCUUUGAUCGGAGGGUUUUGGGGGGAUCAUGGCGUGCCGAGGGUUUUGGGAAUGCCUACUGAAGCUUCUCAAUUUCUUGCUGAUGCUCACCGGAUUGGCGAUGGUAGGGUACGGUGCGUACUUGCUGGUGGAGUGGAUCAAGAUUUCUUCUGGUCAAGAUGAUGGUCCGAUAUCGCCUGUUAGUGAUAAUUAUGAAUUAUUGAAGCUUGGCCGACCCAUGCUUGCAGUUGUUACUCUGUCCGAAAGUAUUCUUGAUAAACUCCCCAAAGCUUGGUUCAUUUACUUAUUUAUCGGUAUUGGAGUUAUUCUCUUCAUCAUAUCUUGCUUUGGUUGUAUCGGAGUAAUAGCGAGGAAUGGAUGCUGCCUAUCUUGCUAUUCUGUAUUGGUGAUCUUGUUGAUCCUAGUUGAGCUGGGUGCUGCAGCUUUCAUAUUCUUUGAUCAUAGCUGGAAAGAUGUAAUUCCAGCUGAUAAAACAAGAGACUUUGACAUGAUAUAUGAAUUUUUAAAGGAGAACUGGAAGAUAGCAAAAUGGGUUGCUCUCGGAGCUGUUAUUUUGGAGGCGUUGUUGUUCUUGUUAGCGCUUAUAGUGAGAGCAGCGAACACACCUGCUGACUAUGACAGUGAUGAUGAGUAUAUCAACCCAGGAUCUGGCUUCCGUCAACCAUUGAUCCAUCGACAAGCAGUUCCGGCAACUGGGGUUCCUGUACCUGGUACUCUGGAUCAACGUCCAAGCAGGAAUGAUGCAUGGAGCCAGAGGAUGAGGGAAAAGUAUGGUCUUGAUACCUCCGAGUUCACCUACAACCCAUUAGACCCGAGCAGGCAUCAACAAGCCUCAGCACCUCCUGCAGCAGAAAGGGGCCGUUGUACCAUACUGUGACACUCAGUGGCUAGUAGAAUUCCAUAACCAUAUUUUUCUAGUCAUUGCUUGUGAAAGUGUGAAGCUUUUGAGAGUUGACCGCUUCAGUCAGGUGUGCAGAAUAGACCAAUUGUAUAAAAUUGACAUAAAACCUGUCAUUUCACACAAACACCUCUUUGCUUGAUCGUCUGGCAACUUGGAUAGGAUUUUGAUAAUAAUGGUUGAUCUUGAUGAGUGACCUUCCCAUAACCUUAUAAUCUAUGCUAUUUUUCGUAAUAUCUUUGUUUAUAUAUAA